CCGGAAACCCUGGCCGCAGGGCCGUGGGUGAGGUGGCGGCGGCGGCGGAGGAGGCGGAGGCGAAGGUGGCCAGCAGGCAACGGAUCCGAGCGAAGUGAACGGGGCGGCGGGUCGGAGAGCAGCGAUUACUGGGGUCUCGGAAGGAAGAAAUGGUGUGAUCCUUCACUAUCCAGACUUGAAGGCCAGAGGCUAGAGGAGGUCCGGGAGAACAUGGCGUGGCCGGACCUCUUCCACAGAGGCGCUCUCCUGUCCCGGCUCAGCCACCACCACGUCGCCGUGUUCCUGCUCACCUUCUUCAGUUACUCACUGCUCCAUGCCUCAAGGAAGACAUUUAGCAAUGUCAAAGUCAGCAUCUCCAAGCAGUGGACCCCGACUGCGCUCAACAGAUCCGUUGAACCUGUGGAGAUCUGGAGCCGCAACCAUUUGUUUCCCGGCGCCGAGGAAGCCACUCUUUUCCUGGGAACACUGGACACUCUUUUUCUCUUCUCCUAUGCCGUGGGCCUUUUCAUCAGCGGUAUUGUUGGGGAUCGGCUUAAUUUACGAUGUGUUCUGUCUUUUGGCAUGUGCUCCUCUGCAUUAGUGGUGUUUGUCUUUGGCACGGUCACGGAGUGGCUGCAUUUCUACAACAAGUGGCUGUACUGCUGCCUGUGGAUCGUGAACGGCCUGCUGCAGUCCACGGGGUGGCCCUGCGUGGUCGCCGUCAUGGGCAACUGGUUUGGGAAAGCUGGGCGAGGAGUGGUGUUCGGUCUCUGGAGCGCCUGUGCUUCGGUGGGCAACAUUCUGGGAGCGUGCCUCGCCUCUUCUGUCCUGCAGUACGGUUAUGAGUACGCCUUUCUGGUGACGGCCGCUGUGCAGUUUGCUGGUGGGAUCGUCAUCUUCUUUGGACUCCUGGUGUCACCUGAAGAAAUUGGUCUCCCUGGCAUUGAAGCAGAAGAAAAUUUUGAAGAAGACUCGCACAGGCCACUAAUUAGUGGUGCUGAAAACGAAGAUGAAUAUGAGGCUAAUUAUUCAAUCCAAGAAGGCAGCACUGUCACCCCCAUCCAGGCAAUAAGCUUCCACCAGGCCUGCUGCCUCCCUGGAGUCAUACCGUACUCUCUGGCCUAUGCCUGCCUGAAGUUAGUGAAUUACUCCUUCUUCUUCUGGUUGCCCUUCUACCUGAGCAACAACUUUGGAUGGAAGGAGGCUGAAGCUGACAAGCUGUCCAUUUGGUACGACGUUGGAGGGAUUAUAGGUGGGACCCUGCAAGGCUUCAUCUCCGACGUCUUACAGAAGAGAGCGCCGGUCCUAGCGCUGAGUCUGCUCCUGGCCAUUGUGUCCCUGGUUGGGUACAGUCGGUCUCCGAACGAUAAGUCCAUUAAUGCUCUUCUGAUGGCUGUCACAGGAUUUUUUAUUGGUGGACCUUCUAAUAUGAUUAGCUCAGCUAUUUCUGCCGACCUGGGUCGCCAGGAGCUGAUCCAAGGGAGCAGUGAGGCUUUGGCGACUGUCACAGGGAUUGUUGACGGAACCGGGAGCAUCGGAGCUGCCGUGGGCCAGUAUCUGGUGUCUUUGAUCCAGGACAACCUAGGAUGGAUGUGGGUUUUCUACUUCUUCAUUCUCAUGACAAGUUGCACCGUUCUGUUUAUCUCGCCGCUAAUAGUGAGGGAGACGUGCUCUCUCGUGCAAAGGCGACAGGCUCGAGUGCUGAGCGAGUGACUGUGCCCGCAAGAGACCAAGAAUGAUGGGAGACACGUCAGAACUGUUAUUUCUUUUAAUUUGUCCUUUUUGGGGUUGUCUCAGGGGAGCCGGCCCAACCUCAGCCAGCCAAGGCCCCCCCCCCCCGUUCAGCAGCGUGGCCCCUGCGUGCUGAGCGGACUGGGGCCGGGGCGCUUUGCUGCACACACUACAGGAAGGAACUGCCGCUGAUGCACUUCAGCGUCGUUUCACGGAUGCACAGAUGGCCUGUGAACCCGCCAGUGUCCGCGCUGGGCCUGUUGAGGUUCAUGCCUUUAACCUGAAAGGCUGCAUCGGACUUGGACCCUUGCUCCCCAGCCUGGAAAGCUGCGUGAUCACGAGGCAGGCGUGCAAGGUUUAUAGCAAUAGAAAGACUCGUUGCGUUUUGGUUUGGAGAUGAGUUCGGAAAUGAGGCUCAUUUUUCAAGCCUCUAAUCCUGCUAAGGUGCUCCAGCCGGAUCCCGCGUAAGCCCGCUGUGGAUCAAGAAGGCCUUUGUGACCCACGUGGGGAAGAUCACACUACACACAGAAGCAAAAAUAUCGUCACAUUGUUGUCGGCUUGUUUCCCGUCUUCAUUCAAAACCACCUGACUCUGGAAAGAGUUCAGUCACCCUUUCAAGGGCCACGGUGUGUCCACUGUGAACGUGCCAGCGUGUGUCCCACGGCCGGUGCACUCAGCCCUGAGUUGCUGCCUGGGGCCCCCCCCCCCGGGAAGCCCCUCUGCUCAGCCUUAUUUCCUGGGGGUUGAUCUCAGCUGCAGCCGGGUUCCUUGAGUUACCUCAGCAGAGGACUAAAAUUGGAGAAAAGGAAAGACCUGGUGUCCUAGUAAGUAAUUCAGGUAUGUGACACUGAAUCACAGUAAUGCAUUACUAGGGCCUGAGGGGUAUUUAGGUACCUGUUCCUUAGACGUUUGCGGAGUUUACAUCUUCAGGGCUGUGAAUUCUACACCAUGAGAGGGGACCUAGAAAUCCCAGGAUUUAUUGUAAGGAAUUGUGUAUUCAUUCUUACUUGUUUAAACCCCAGUCACCUUCAGAGCACUUUCCGUUUGACGCAAUACACCUAUCUAGACUUUUUUCCCACUGUUCAAAACAGUCUUUGAACGCAUCGAUUUUGAUGCCUUCCAGUGUUCCUGCCGUUUUUGUUUUGCCUGUUCCACAUCGGCAAAACAUUUUCCUUUGAGGACUUUUUCAUCUGGGGAAACAAAAAGAAAUUGCUCAGAGUGCAAUCAGGUGAAUAGGGAGGGUGGGUCACAGAAGUCAUGCUAUUUUGGGUCCAAAACUGCUGAACACUCAGCGUGGUGUGGGCAGGUGUGCUUGUAAAUCACCCAUCAUGCAAUGGGCAAACUAUUGAAAGAGUCUUCAAAAGAAAGAUCAGUGAAGCCAAACGCAGCCUCUCACAACAACGCCUGCUGGUGCACUGUUACACAAGGGUUCCUAGAACACUCACUGAGCGGAGGAAGCCUGCACUACAAGGGGCCUGUCCCCCAGAAGAUAAUUCUGGGGUUUUUUGGGCCCCCCUCAUAAUCAUCCAUAUUUUAAGGUCAUUCUGUAUAAAUAUUUUAAAUUAUGUACACAAACUAGGGAGUAAAUGUGCAGUUUCGAGGAUUACCCAAUUUGCAUUGGGUUAGGGAAUAUUUUUCAACAUCCUGCUUUAUACUCCGAAAUUUGGUGUUUGUUAAUAUUAUUUAAUCAAGCAGAUCUCCAGUCUGAUUGCGCAUUACUGACAAAAAGGGAAAAUAUGAAACACAGGAAGGGAAAAUAAACUGACUUUUGUAA